AUGGAGUUCUGCAACACCGCCGGCACUUUGUUCCAGGUGCUUUUCAUCACUGUGCUUCUCAGCUGCGUGUCUCCCUUGCAGUGCUUCGACCAUCCCAGUGGGGGCUCCUCUCUGCACAGCAUGCCGGCGGUGCUGUGCCUUGAAGGUGAGCACUAUUUUCUUCUUCUACUGGGCAGCGUGGCGUUCAUUUCCUUGCCGUGCCCUUUUUGGGCCGCUUCUCUUUGGGCCACUUGGGUCUAUCCGGCAAAGCUGCUAGACAAGAGUGACCGGGGGCGGCUUUUCGUGUUCGGCACGCAGUUCCUUUUCUCCCGCUUUCGGCCAGCAGCUCACUACUAUGGUAUAUUUACCUUGGCCAAAAGCUUCUUGCUGACUCUCAGCCCCGUGUGCUUUCAGACUGGCGGGGCUCUCCAAUCCUGCUAUUUGUGCAUCAUUCUCGUCCUCUUUCUGAUGCACCAGCAGCAGGUAUUGCCCUGGAAGAGCAGGCUGGCCAACCAGCUGGACGGAGCUUGCAGCCUCUCCCUUAUUGUCUUGCUACUUUGCGGCGCGUUGGCCUCCUCUCCUGAUGAGAGCACUCGCGCACAGCUUCAAUUUGUGGGAACUGCGGUGUUUGUGGUCUUGGCCACGCUGAUCGCAGCUGCUCUAAUCUAUGCGGGCUUCAGGGUCAUUGUGCCUGGAAAGAAGUACAAGUGGUUCAUUUGCCAUCACAAGGCAGAUGCUUCAGCACAGGCCCGGCUCUUGAAGGUGCUGCUUAAGGCGAGGAGCUCCCAUGAGACCUUCAUUGACUCGGAUAACCUUGUGGACUUAGACACGCUCUUUGACGUCGUCAGAUGUCAGUUGGAUACCUUGGUCGUGUUCAUGACACGAGAUGUCCUGACUCGACCCUGGUGUGCCGGCGAGAUUGUGACAGCCUUCAGGACAGGCAAGGUCAAGGUGUUGACCGUGAAGACUUCAAGCUUCGUGGCUCCAACCGAUGAGCAGAUGGAUGAUUUGACGUCGUACCUGGACCUAUCGAGUUGCGACCUCUCCCGCUUUGCGAAGAUUCAGGCUGACGAUGUGCGCCAUGCGUUCGAGAGAUUGCUGGGUGGCAAUACCCCGAUGAUCGAGAGUUUGGCGCUUAUCCAGUGGGGACUUCAAAGUUUGACAGGCGCGCUGCCACAGCUGGGAGUUGGAGUUGAUUCGUGCCCCCCGCCGGAAGAUUCGGCAAGGCUUGCCGACAAGAUCGUCAGCCUGACGCUCAGCAAAAGGCUUGGCAAGCAGAAGGAGCGUGAAGAGCGUGAAAUGCAUGCGGGCACCUACGAGGAUUGCGUGGUGAUCUCCUCUGAGCCGGGCAGGGACGAAGCCACGGCGGCGGUGAGCAUUCUGAGCGCCAAGAUGCACGGCUUGGUGGCAGCCAACAACACCAGCAUUGUGUGCCUGGUGGACCUCGGCCAAAGCGAGUUUCAGAUGCUACACUACGUCGCCAAGUGCAGGGCACUGGUGGUCAUCCUCUCCAAUGGCUCGUUGACAUCGAUCCUCCAACUCCACACCAUAGUGGAGAUGAUGUUGCAGCUGGAGCAGCUAGGGUCCAGCAAGGCCAAGCCAGCUAUUAUCCCUGUGAUGAACCUCCCGGACUUCCAAUUCCCGCAGGGGCACUUCUACGAGAACCAGCUGCCGGAUAUCUGGGAUCUGACGCUGCAGAGCGUGGAAGAUGCGGAAGCGCACAUUCGCAGCUUCUUCCGGUUCAUUGCCAUCAGCUUCCCGAUCCAUGCCUCGGACAUCCUGUUGCAGACGCAAGCCGCAGACGUCGUCAGACGUAUUCCCGCAGAAUCUAUGGCCAGCUCCGCAGCUGGGCGCGAGCCGCUGCUGCAGGACCUGGCUAACAUUGUGAGCAGCAGCAGGGGGAGAAGACGUCGCUCACAGGAAGACGGACUAAAGUGCGAGGACAUUUGUAUCAACAACCUCGACGAGGAGGAGGAAUUGGCGCGAGAAGUGGCCAGAUCGCUGAGGUGUGAGCUCUCUGACCAGCUGAUAGGAUUGCCCAAGGCAUCCAUCCAGAGCGAGACUUCCGAGACCUAUUUGAGCCUUUGA